AUGGCGAAAUGGAUUGAAGCCAUACCCUCACCUACCAAUGAUCACAAGGUUAUGCUUAAGCUCCUAAAGAAGAUCAUUUUUCCUAGGUUUGGAGUUCCGAGGGUGCUAAUUAGUGAUGGAGGCUCCCAUUUCGCCAAAAAGCAAUUUGAAGCUCUUCUCAAGAGGUACGGCGUUCAUCACAAAGUAGGAUUACCUUACCACCCUCAAACUCAAGGAAAAGUGGAGGUCUCGAAUCGUGAAAUCAAAAAUCUUCUUGAAAGGACGGUGAACAAAUCAAGGAGAGAUUGGUCUCUCAAACUUGAUGACACACUAUGGGCUCUUAGGACGGCAUACAAGACUACAAUCGGCACGACCCCCUAUAGGUUGGUCUAUGGAAAGGCUUGUCACUUGUCGGUUGAGUUGGAAUACAAGGCUUGGUGGGCCAUCAAAGAGCUCAAUAUGGAUUUAUCGUUGGCCGGUGAGAAGAGAUUGCUUAAGCUCAAUGAACUUGAAGAGCUUAGAGAUGAUGCUUAUGAGAGCUCAAGGUUAUAUAAGGAGAAGGAAAAAAAAAGUGGCAUGACCAACAUACUCGAAACAAGAACUUUAAGUUUGGAGACAAGGUUUUGCUUUUCAACUCAAGGCUUCGUUUGUUUCCGGGUAAACUCAAAUCAAAAGUGGUCGGGUCCUUUUGUGAUUUCAAAGACUAUUCCUUAUGGCUCCUUUGAGUUAGAUGCGGAUGGUAACAAGUUUAUGGUUAAUGGUCAUUGUUUAAAGCAUUACUUUUGCAAGGAAGAAGUUGGUAUCAUCGAAUGCAUAAUGCUUGAUCCUUUGGAUCCCAAGCCUCCCACUUGA